AUGACGAGAGUCGGCGUUUACGUAGGCCUCUUGGUCUUCUCGAUUGCAGCCGCGAUCAUGACCAUCACUUCCAUAAUCCUCCCCCGAUGGGUCUACUACUCCGUCACUACCCCGAAAGGCGACCACAUCCUCCAAACAAUCGGGCUCCACCAAAGCUGCUCCAACCUCCGCGAUCCGCCGUGUCAGACCUUCCCUACCGAGGAGCAGUGCGACCCCUCCGCUUCCGACAACGCCCGCUUUUGUCACCUCUGGCGGUCGGCCGGGUUCCUGGCGAACCUUGCCGUGGCGCUGCACCUCGUCAUGGUGGUCGUGUACAUUUUCCUCAUUGGGGGCGGGAAGCAGAGGAGAGAGUUUGGGUGGAAGGUGUUGGCGGGGUUUUUGACUUGUGUUGCUGUUAUUGAAUAUGUCAUUAUCGGCAUUGUGUCCUAUGCGUACGACAACGACGAGCAGUUCCUCAUCCCCGGCUGGUCUCUCGACACUUCUUGGCUCCUUUGCAUCAUCAGCGCCAGCGUCUCCAUCGCUUGCGCCGCCGCGCUUACGGCGUCUCACUACCUCUUGCCUCCGGAGGGCGGCUACGAUUUCUUGGACGACCCUGUGGCGACCGAUUAA